UGCGGCCGGCCCCGCAGUAGCAAAACGGUUGAGGAGCCACAGAUUGACGUCAGUUGCCGCAACCGGCGCGGAAACAUUUCGUUCCAAUUCAAUUAAUUGAUCGGAUCGAGGCCUAACACAUUCCGUCCGGGAGGGGGGCCCACCCAAAAAGAUACCGAGUGUAAACCGCGUCGGGGAUGCGAGGUCGGUAUCUGACCCUGCUCAUCAUGCCCGUCAUCCUUGCGGCGCUCUACCAAAGCAGAACCACCCUCUUCCGCGCCUGGACCUCGUCAUCGCCAUUCGCCUCCCGGUCCGCGUGGGCUCCUACGAGUUCCAAAAUGUCCACUUUCCAACACCCCGAGUACCACAUCCCCAUCUCCCUCCCUGAGGGUCUGUCCCAGUCGCAGCUCUUGAGCUUCCGCCCCUUCGCGAACUGGCUUGCGACUCUUCAGACCUCGCUCGCGGCCCAGCACUCCCGCCCGGACCACCCGUUCCACCGAGACCCGUACGCGCUGCGCUCCGUCACCGUCCAGUCCUACGACCUGUUCGGCACCGGCAAGGGCAAGGGCGGCGGCUCGGCGCCGCGGCUGGGCUUCGUCAAGCUGACGUCGCGCGUCGCCAACGGCGCGGGCGAGACCCUGCCGGGGGCCGUGUUCCUGCGCGGGCCGUCGGUCGCGAUGCUGGUCCUGCUCGUACCCGACGACGCCGCAGACGUCGACGCGGAGCGGCGCGUGCUCCUGACGGUGCAGCCGCGCGUCGCCGCCGGCAGCCUGGGGUUCGCGGAGCUGCCGGCGGGCAUGGUGGACGAGGGCGGCACGUUCGCGGGCCAGGCGGCGCGCGAGAUGGAGGAGGAGCUGGGCCUCGUCAUCGGCGAGCACGAGCUCGUCUGCCUGAGCGAUUUGGCGGGGGGGGUCGGCGGCGCGGGGGAGGGAGUAGGAGGAGGAGGAGGAGGAGGAGCCGUCGGCGGAGAGGACCACCGGCUGCUCCCCCGCGCCGUGUAUCCCAGCGCUGGCGGGUGCGACGAGUACAUCCCGAUCUACAUGCACGAGCGACGGGUCCCCAGGGAGCAGCUGGCCCAGUGGUCGGGCAAGCUGACGGGCCUGAGGGACCAAGGGGAGAGGAUCACGCUCAAGUUGGUGAGGAUGCGGGAUUUGUGGAAGGAGGGAGCGAAGGACGCCAAGUGCCUGGCCGCGGUGGCACUCUGGGAGGGCUUGAGGAGGGAGGGCAAGAUCUAGGGUUCCUAACACCAACCUAAUUCGUUGGCGCCACGGCGUUGCUCAAGAUUGGCUGGCAGUUAAAGCUUGAACUUCUUGGCGAUCUCGAUACCCUCG